AGGAUGCUAAUUACCAUGAGCAGCACGAGAGAUGGGCAGUUUAGUGAGUUGCUGGGAACGAGGCUGAAGGAAGGAUAUAACAGCCCAGAUUACUUCUCCGCGGGAUGGUUAUCUGGUACUGAAUCACUGUGGCAGGCCACAACCAUUCCAUCGAGCAGCCGAAGUAACCGUAUCAGAAGACACAGUAUAGCUUCUGACAGUGGCGACACGGGCAUUGGUACCUCCUGUUCUGAUAGUGUGGAAGAUCAUUCAACGUCAAGUGGUACUUCCUUGUUUAAGCCCAGCGCGAUCACUGGUCUCUAUCCCACUGCCCAUGUGAUGCCGUCUAAUGCCAGCUCUUCACUUUCCAACAGGGAAGCUCUGAAGUCUCACUGCUCACAAUGGAGUACAAACCUUUUACGGUCAGGAGGAAGUCGAAAUCUGGACGUAGUGGACAACUCUCUUGACAUGAAGGAUGUGAGGCCUGUAAGGAAAUGGUCAUCCUUGUCUAAACUCAGCACACCAGAUAGCUGCAGUCAGGAUGAAAGUGUCCUUUCAGGGGAUUCCAGGCCUAGUACUGACAGAUCAGGGAGAGACAAGACCAUGUCACCACAAUUAAGAACAAAUGGGCCAAGUUGUUUGCAUAAUAGCAUGGAGUUGCUAAAAGUUGAGGACAAGGAAACUGGGAAAAAACGAUCUGUGUUGGAUUGCAAAUACAAAUAUGAAAGUUGCAGCAAAGAAGACUUUGGUGUUUCAGACACCUCAAAUAGGAGACAUGUCUUUGACAUGACCUACAGUGCCUUACCUGAAAGCAAGCCCCUAGCCAGCUGUGAGGCUUUUGGGCAUCGAUAUGCAACGCUGGGACAGCAGGCUAUGAACGGAAUACCCAUUCAGCCUUCAGAGACUCAGAUGUGGCUUACAGAACAGUUGCAUGCAAACCCUCUAAGCUGUAGGACUGCUGAGGAGACGUAGGUUGCAGCUUGUCAACUGCAGCAGCUUGAAGAUCUUGCAAUGGGAAAUGAGCACCCGAUGCAGGUUCUUACUGGAUCGUCUCGUCAAGGUUACACAGGUACAGGCUAUCAGGAUUUCAGUAAUUGGGAAUCCCUUAUGAAAAUCAAAGAAGGGUUGCUAAGACAGAAAGAAAUUGUGAUUGAUCGGCAGAAGCAACAAAUUAACAGUUUACAUCAGAAGAUACGAGAGAAUGAAUUACGGGCUCAACAUGCCAGGCUGAGCCAUCUUAUGAAUUGUGAAGAAUCAUAUGUGACUAACUUACAGCAUCCACAAUAUGAGAACACAUCAUUGCAAGCUCCGUUUUCAGAAAGAUCAAUAUCCCACUGUGAGGAGCUUGAGCAAAAGCUUGCAUCAGUUGAGAAUAAGGAAAUGCAACUCAAUGAGUUUCUCAAGCAAAUUUCAAACAAAUCCAGUGAAGAGAAAAAGAAGAUGGAAGAGAAACUUAAAACCAGAGACAGAUACAUAAAUAGCCUGAAAAAGAAAUGCCAGAAAGAGUCUGAACAAAAUAAAGACAAACAGAGACGAAUUGAAACCCUAGAAAAAUAUCUGGCUGACCUGCCAACGCUGGAUGAUGUAGAAAGGCAGAGUAAGCAGCUGCAUAUUCUAGAAGAGAAGAACAAGCAACUCGAAGAAACAGUGACCGAUUUGGAGAAGAAGCUUGGAGAGACUAGAACACAAUGUAGGGAGAAAGAGCUGCAACUCGUGUGUCAGAAAAAGAAAGAAAAAGACCUGGUCACCACAGUGCAGAGUUUGCAACAGAAAGUAGAAAAAUGCCUGGAAGAUGGUAUCCGCCUCCCCAUGUUGGACACAAAACAGCUUCAGAGUGAGAAUGAAUGCCUCAAAGAAAAGAACGAGAAAGCCCGCAAGGUCAUAGACAAUCAACAAAAUCAGAUAGCUGGGAUGAUUUUAGAAAUUCAGUCUAUGGAAGAAAAGCUUUUGCAGGGGAAACUGACAAUGCAGAAGAUGACGAAUGAGAUUGAAGAAAAAGAAAGGCAUAUACAGCAGUUAAAUAAAACUCUGCUUGAAAACCAAAGACUAAUGGAAGAGAGUGCCUUUUUGAGGGAGCAGAUGGAACAGUCCAGACAGCCAGUGUCUGAAAAGAUGCCAGUGGCUGACCAGUUGUUCAAAGAAAUGUCUCAUUGUUUGUUUGACUUGAAAGCACUAUGCAGCAUUCUUACCCAGAGAGCUCAGGGCAAGGAGCCUAACCUCUCCUUACUGCUGGGAAUCCGAUCAAUGAGCUGUUCAGCUGAAGAGAAUGAGAAUUACCACAGCACAGAAACUCUCACCAAGAAACUCUCAGAGGUGUGUCAGUUACGGAAGGAUAUUGAUGAACUGAGGACUCUAAUAUCAGACCGUUAUGCUCAGGACAUGGGAGACAACUGCAUUACCCAAUGAUAAAAUUUGGUCUCACAGCAACAACUAAACUAUUAAAUGCUGCUGUGUUACAGAUCUUUGCAUUUCUAUGAAGGAGCCAUAUGGGAAGACUGCAUACUGUAUAUGAGCUGCACAUGGGUGUCUGUGCUGGAUCUGAGGGUUGUGCAUAAUUAAUCUGGGGGAUGGUAGGGAAAUCAUAAUUUGAAGAGUGGUACAGAUCUCAAUAAAAUCUGUGUUCUCCAAGCUACUGAAUGUAGGACCAAGCUGUGAAGAAUGUCCCUUUAGAGAUGUAGGAUUUUAUUUCCUCCCUCAUGGCUCAUUUAAACAAUUGGUGUGGUUAUAUUGUUUUCCGGAGUCAAAGCAAAGUCUCAGAAAAAGGCACUAUUGUUACUACUGUACUUACUUUCCUUCAUCAGAGGUUGGAAUUGCAUGGCUGGAGUGACAGGUUCAAGCACCCAAAGGUGUAGAGGAAAAAAUGGAUGGUGGAGCCACAUGCUUCUGCAAAACGCAUCAUGUUGGAAAUGGCUAAUUGGGGUGGUCUUAGACUAUAACAAAAGGUGGUUGCUCUUUUUAUAAUUGUGUCACGAAUUAGGCAAGGGAAAGAAGGGGUGGUUUUAGCAGCUGAUCCUGUUGAUUGAUUAUUAGGGUUUUUAUUUUAUCCAGCAACAGUCUAGGCAGACAAACUCUGUAUGUGAAUGUGGUCCCAUCAGAUUUAGAUGUUAGCCUUCCUCAUAUCGCCAUCUUUUAACAUGUUGCUUAAAAACUUUGUUUCGGUAAUAUGAAGACUGUGUGGCACAAACCCACAAAAGCCAGCAGCUAUAAGUCUUAAGACUGGCUUUCUGUCAAAAAAAAAAAAAACACUGGAGACAUCUCAUGGUGUGUGUAUUGUAGUUAUUUUCUAUCUACAACUUGUGUCUUAAAUGGGUUCAGUCUAUAUAUCAAAGGCCCAAUACUGCAGGCCUCCUGGAGGUAAUGAACACCCUAAAUCCAGUGGGUCAAGAAGGGUGGUUGGCACCUUGCAGCAUCUGGCUCCGUACACAAUUUUUUCUGCCUCUCAGUGCUGAAAGCAGACUGAUCAGCAGACUCUCUCAUUUUGAGUGGUGUGCAGGACUUGUAGAUUUUUCCAGUCCUGUAGGAAAGGAUUACUUUUUAAAAAAUAAAGGAACACAUUAUCCAGUGCAAGACUGCCCCUGCAAGACAGAUAGAAUAUUAGCACUCCCACAAAAAGAUUCUGUGAUUAGAAUUUAGCUGGAUAACUGUAAAACAAGGAUACCUCUAUUUCACUGGAGACAAACACAGCAAAUAAAUUCUGCCUUCAAAUGCUGACCUGGCCAAAAUGGCUGUCAAGCUGCAUUAUUAAUGUUAGACGAUGAGAAAUAAUCAUAAGACUGCAAACAUUUUAAAAUUGAAAGUUUUGAGAGCAAAUAGCUGCAGCUUGCUUGUGCAGUUAUUAUAGCUGACAGUACAGUGCUGACAGCAUUAGAAAUCUUGUUAGUAAGCUUAUGGGCCAUGACAAAGUAGGCUGGAAGACAGCAAACUGUGGUAAAGGAAUGGCUACUUUCAGUUUUUCUGAUAUUAAUAUCUAAAUUUAAUUUUCACUAUUUGUUUAAAACAGAGAAAAAAAUAGCUUAAGAGUAACGUGGAUUGACAUUGCUGAUUUUAAUGUUGACAUUUUCAGCUUUGUUGUGUUAGUGUUUAAAUGUCAUUGUUACGAACUUAGAAAAGACUGACCAGAAGAUUUUUAAAUGACUAACUAUUACAUGAGCUUAUUUAUUCAACAGGUCUUGCUUGCUAAACCGUCCCUACACCUGGCCUAGAUCUGAAAAUCUAUUUUAGUGUUUAUAUUAAUGGUUCUCAGUAUUUUUCAAAUGCAGAUUUACUCAGAUUGAAGCAGCAACUUUGGGAGCAUUAAGUCUUCCAUCUUUACAACUGAACAGCCUAAUCUUUACAUUAUAAAAAAAAAAACUCUGGGGCUAAGAAAGAAGCUAUCUUUUUGCCCAGAACUUGGUUUUUAGGGUUUUUUUAAAAAAAUCUUGCCUAAAAAUUGGGGUUUGAAGUAUUAUUGACAACUUUAAACAGGGAUUUUCACAUUAGGGCAAAACUGAAAAUAAGGAAUCUUUGCUUAUAAACUUAGUGGUUGCUAUUUUGAUUAGUGGUUUUAAUAACUACUUACUUCCAUAGAGCUCACUUUCUUUCUGCUUGACCCUGAAGCGAAGUCAUAAUCCUUUGCUUAUCGCAAAUUUGUCUAGUGUCAGGAAUUCAACAUCAUGACUUCAGACAGUCAACUAAGAGUACGUGGUGCGGGUAAAAGAGAGGAAAGCCAUGUCUAAGCACCACUGUACUUCAAUAAGCAGAGGAGACCAAAAAAUAAAAAUAAAAAAAAAUCAGCCUAUAAAAGGGAAAUGUAUUCCUGUUUUAAAUUGCUUGGGCACAUAUUGGAGGGAUAGUGUAGUGUUAAAGGGAACAGCAGAUUUUAUCAUCUGUGCCAGGUCCUCCCUGUGUGAUGCUCAGCAGGUCACUUAACCUCUGUACCUCAGUUUCCCCAUCUCAAAAAUGGGGAUACUGCACUGGGGAGUUUUGAUUAAUGUUUAUAAAGCACUUAGAGAUCCUUGGAAAGAAGUUGCUAUGAUUCAAAGUAUUAUAGAAAGUUCUCCCAGUAUGAAAGUCUUGAUUUUUUUUUUUGUUGCACUAUUGUGAAUGAUACUGUAAUUCUGCAUCUUUUCUCUUGUUAUAUUAGAGCACCAAUUGUAUUUACAUCUAAAAUAUAGAGCACUUGAUUUUUAAAGUAACACACUGAGUUUAUCUGCCUCAGUCAAAUUAAAGCAGGGAGAGAAAUGGCAGAUGUGAUGAGCCAAAGAUACAAAUUACUGAUAAGGUUAGAAUUAAGUGACCACAAGAAUAAGUAUUUUUCCUUUUCUUUGAUUUCUUAAAAUUGGGCCUGCUGUUGUAGGAGCUAUUGCUGUAUAUGCAUCAGUUUACAGAUGUCUCCAAACAGAAUAAGCUUUGUCUAAGUAAGAUGUGCAUGAUUGUUUAACUGGUUAAAAAGUAGAGUGUGUGUGGUCUCAUUUGACAUAUUUAAUAUGAUAUGGUUGAUUAACAAAUGUUAACAGUGGCAUUACUGAAACUGAUUUAGUCAUGACAACUUUUUGCCAUAACUUAGACAAUCUCAAGGGCUAAAAAAAAGUCUGAGUGGAUACUGUACCAUUUUGUCUAUUAGUGGACUUGCAGAGAGUAAUUUUUGUAUAGUUUGUCUAAUUUCUACAAUCUUAAGUGACACUUACAGUGAACUACUGUAUUCAAGAAUGUAUUUUAAAAAUGGCAUAGAAAAGAGUUGUCUUUGGAAGCUAUAGAGGAUGCUAUGUAUUUACUGUUUAUAAGUAGUUCAGCUCAAUUGUGUAAACUUAACUUAGAUUCUUAGCCUCAGAUGUGUAAGUUUGUAGUGAUGUAGUUCUGUAAUUUAUUGAGGUUGCUAUAACCACCAACUCAGGCGACAACAUUUUAAAACUGCCGGUAGAGUAGCUGUAAGAGCCAAAGUUAUUUUACUCUGCUCAUUUCUGAAGAUUUCUUUCCUUUCUUUUUAGUUAUAGGGGAAAAUAAUCCUGCUUUCUACUUUAAAGAUAAGAGGAUGCAAGGAAGGAUGGAAAUCUCUCUUCGGGUACCUGACACCUGAAUUUUGCCCUCACUUAUGUCCAUGUACCCUCAAUGACAUAAGUGGGGUUGCAUGGGCAUAACUGGAAUUAGAAUUUGGUUGUUUUAAUAGAAAUGAUACAACAGGUUUUUCUGAUGCGUGGGGAAAUAUUUAGAUUGAUUCAAACAAUCAACCAACGUUUUUAAAAUAUGAAAACAAAACAGUGGCUAUUGACAAUUAUAUAAACAGAUUUUAUAUGACUAGCUGAUCAGCAGUAUUAAGUCCACUGCUGCAUACCUUUGUGCCUUUUGUUGCCUACAGUAAAUGUAUAUAGUCCCAAUGAAUUUUACUUGAGCUAGAAGAAUGUCAAUAAUUAUUGCACCUUGUUUGCUUGAACUAUGGAUCUUUUGUUUUUAGGCUUUGAUAGUAAGGAGCCUCUUACAUAAUAUCUAGAAAUAUGUACUAAAUGCUGUAGGUACUAGGCCUACAUCUUGCAAGUUAGAUGAUUUUAGCAGUCCAGUUUUUCUGUACAGGAAGAGUGGGAAGGAAAUUAAAUCAAAAUGAUGAUUUUGUAUAUAUGAACAAUAGAUCAUUGGUAAUCAGUGGGGAGGAGGGGCUGGGGCUACCUUUUAAAAAGCACAGCUGACAUAUGUACUGGCUCAGUCCCCGAAGGCUGGUAGUUAUGUAAAUUGGGUUCUGUUUUUGAACCGCUCAGAAUACCUCGUGUAAAUAGAGUUGUCAUGACUUAAUCAAAAUGCAUUCAGUGUAAAAAGUAAAGGAGCCACUGGGUGGCUCACCUUUAGCUCUGUUGUUGCCUCUUUUUGUAAUUUUUUUAUAGUAGGGUUUACAGCUAGAAUUUUGAAUGCCAAAGUUCUAUUUAUUAAAUAAUAAUUUUUCAUUGUUAAUGGCUAGUAUUUUUCCACUGGAAUUUUGUUUGUUGUUGAUUGGGAUUUGUAUCUACAGAGCAAAAAUAAAUUUGUUACAAAA